AUGGGGCGUUUGUCCAAGGACAAGCGUGACAUCUACUACCGCGAGGCCAAAAAGGAAGGCUUCCGGGCGCGCUCGGCCUUCAAACUGCUGCAGAUCGAUGAUGAAGUAAAGUUGCUACAGGGAGUGCGCAAUGUGGCUGACCUCUGUGCCGCACCGGGCGGAUGGUCGCAGGUUUUGGCCAUGCGCCUGAUCCUUCCGGAUGUACCUCAGCCUCGGAUAGUGGCGGUGGACAAAUACGCCAUGCAACCGAUCCCUGGUGUGGUUCAAGUACAAGGUGAUAUCACACAUCAAUCCACGGUAGAGGAGGUCUUGCAGCACUUUCAAGGCGAAGGAGCAGAUUUGGUUGUUUGCGACGGUGCUCCCGAUGCCACCGGAAAAUCCGACUUCGACGAGUAUGUACAGCAUCAGUUGCUGCUUUCGGAACUCUUCGUGGCGGAGGCUUUGCUGCGGGAAGGAGGUGCUUUUGUGGCCAAGGUCUUUCGAGAUCAGUUGCAGCGGUCAGUGGCGGCCAUGGGUCGGAGGGAGGCCAAGGUGCCGGGCCCGCCCUAUCUUUGCCCCUGGUGUUCCACUCGCUUCAGGGACUGGGAUUACUGCUUGAGACAUUUGUCGGGUGAUGAUGCCGACUGUAGUGAUCGGGCAAGACGCUUCAUGAUGGAGGAGCUGCGAAAGCACUGCUACGCGGUACGGCAGGACAGAUGCCCGGAGUGGGAAGACUUUGAUGGUCGGAGCGAUGCCUCUGAACAGGUCUUGCGCACCGAUUGGGGUGGAGAAGAACUAAGGAGCUGCCAGACAGACACAGCCUCCACGCCCAGCCAGCCGGAUGAGCCAGGUCCGCCAGGUCCACCAGGGCCACCAACAGUGCCACCGCCAAGUGAGGAGGUUGCACGACCCAUUACCAUCCUUCAGCGCCCGCCCCCGCCGGCGCACCACGGGAUCGACGACGGGGUGGCCACAGACCCCGCGGUACAGCUGAUCGGCCCGGCAAAGUCCAUGGCCAUGACGGCGGUGGAACGACUGGUGGGAAGGUGGCACGGCAAGGAUCAUAGUGGAAAGCGCUGGCAGUGGCAUGAAGUGUAUUGGAGUGGACAGAAACUUCGCUGCACCACGUGGACAGAUGGAGUGGCGCCACUGAAGGGACGUUCCAGCACUCUCCACGUAUUGGAUGAGGGGCACAAGGUCCUGUGGGGCAAGGGUGACAUCGUCAUGGACAGCAAGCAGCUCGAGAGCGAUGGCCGAGUGGUUUGGUUGAAUCCGGACCCCAAGAAACUGGAUUGGCACUGGUUGCCAGGAUGGCCAUGAUGGCCACUGAUCAUGUGUCACAGUUGUUC